UUGGCCUUCAAUCAUUCGCCUGAAUGUCUCACAUUUUACAACCAAAAAGCUACCAUGGAAAACUCACAGCAAACAACAGUACAUGUAGCCAUGGUGACAACCACUGGCAUGGGUCACCUGCUUUCACUCGUUGAGUUCGCCGAGCGACUGGUUCACCAGUACCACAACUUUGAAGUAACCAUCAUCGUCCCCGAUGAUGGCUCACCCAUGAAAUAUCAAAGACAACUCCUUCAAGGCUUACCCAAAUCAAUUUCCUCCAUUUUUCUCCCACCUGUGAGUUUUGACGAUUUGCCUGAGCAGGUCAGGAUCGAGACCAGGAUUGUACUCAGCCUGGUCCGGUCACUGCCUGCUCUUAAAGACUCGCUCAAGGUCUUAGUCGAGUCAACUCGACUUGUGGCCGUGGUUGUUGACCUUUUUGGCAUCGAUGCAAUUGAUGUGUUUGAAGAAUUUGGCCUUACGCCCUACAUAUUCUUUCCUUCCAAUGCUAUGUUGUUACAAUUGAUAUUUCACUUGCCUAAGCUUGAUGAAAUGUUUUCUUGUGAGUAUAGAGAUUUGCCUGAGCCGAUCAAGUUACCAGGAUGCGUGCCGUUUCACGGAAGCGAUAUAGCGGCCCCUGCUCAAGACAAGAAGAAUGUGGGCUACCAAUCGGUUAUUCAGCUAUGCAGACGCUACCCAUUGGCAGCAGGGAUUAUAGUUAAUAGCUUUAUGCACUUGGAACAGGAUGCCUUUAAGGCUUUGAUGGAGGAUGAACUUGGUCUACCCAAGGUUUACCCGGUUGGACCUCUAAUACAAACAAGUUCAAGGAAUGAAGUUAAUGAGUCUAACAAUUGUUUAAGGUGGUUAGAUGAGCAGCCUCAUGGUUCGGUGGUUUAUGUCUGUUUUGGAAGCGGUGGGACAAUCUCUCACGAGCAGAUGAAUGAAUUGGCGUUGGGGCUGGAAAUGAGUGGAAAAAGAUUUCUGUGGGUUGUGAAGAGCCCGGUCGAAAAGGCCACAAAUGCCUCUUACUUUGGUGUAGAAAGUGUCGAAGACCCUUUCCAUUUUCUGCCAGAUGGGUUCUUGGAAAGGACGAAGGGGGUGGGUGUAGUGGUACCGUCUUGGGCUCCUCAGAUCGAGAUCUUGAGACAUGGCUCAACGGGAGGGUUCUUAACCCAUUGUGGGUGGAAUUCAACCCUGGAGGCGAUUGUGCACGGUGUGCCACUGAUUGCAUGGCCACUCUAUGCAGAACAAAAGAUGAAUGCAGUGCUCUUAGCAGAUGAUCUGAAGGUAGCAAUUAGGGUCAAAGAGAAUGAAAAUGGGGUGGUGGGGCGAGAAGACAUUGCAAAAUUUGUUGAGGGACUGAUUGAUGGGGAAGAAGGGCAACUGCUCAGGAACAAGAUGAGAAAACUGAAGGAUGCUGCAAAAAUGGUUUUGAGCCCAGAUGGAUCAUCCACAAAAUCACUGGCCAAGGUAACUGAAAUAUGGAAGAACCAGGAAACAUAAGAAUUUCAAGGAUACGCUUGUAAUAAAUGUUGUAGUAUCAUGCCAGUUCUGCUAGCAAUACAUUAAUUUGAUGUGUGGUGAAUGGUGACUGUA